AUGGCUCCCACACCAAACUCUCAAGUUAUCUUCUCAAAGAUCCCCACCACCUAUCCAGUUGCUGGUGAACACAUGACCAUCAACAAUACAACCAUCGAUUUGGAUGCUCCUCUUGGCGAUGGUGAGAUCCUCCUCAAGCAGUUGGUGAUCUCUGUUGAUCCAUACAUGCGUGGUCGUAUGCGUGAUCCUUCCAUCAAAUCUUACUCCCCCGCUUUCCCUCUCGGCAAGCCAAUGACUGGUGACUCUAUGGGUGUUUGUUUGAAGUCCAAUAACCCACGUUUCAAGGAAGGCGACUACGUCUAUGGUAUGACUGGUCAUGGUGGAUUCGAAAACUAUGUUGUUGUGCCCGCCGCCGAAACCGAAUUUUACAUUGUCCGUAACGAGCCCAAGACCAACGGCCUUCCUAUUACCAACUACGUGGGUGUUUUGGGUAUGCCUGGAAUGACUGCCUACGUAGGCUUGUUCAAGUUUGGUAAGCCCAAGGCAGGCGAAACACUUUACGUGUCAGCAGCAUCCGGUGCUGUUGGUCAGCUUGUAGGCCAAAUUGGCAAGGUCAUUGGUCUUCACGUUGUUGGCUCUGCUGGUUCGGAUGAGAAGGUCCAAUACCUCAAGGAGAUCGGUUUUGAUGCUGCCUUCAACUAUAAGACUUGCGAUGUUAACGAGAAGCUUGGUGAAUUGUGCCCCAAUGGUAUUGAUAUCUACUUUGAGAAUGUCGGUGGUAAAAUGCUUGAAGCUGUCAUUAACCAUGCCAACCGUUUCGGCCGCAUUGUUGCCUGUGGUAUGAUUUCCCAAUACAACCGUGAAAAGCCAGAGGGUAUCCACAACCUUAUGCAAGUCGUUGCCAAGCGUUUGAGAAUCGAGGGCUUCAUUGUUGGUGAUUCAGCUGCUGAAAUGGGUGCACAAUUUAGCAAGGAUGUCACACAAUGGCUUCUUGAAGGAAAGAUCAAGUAUCGGGAGGAUAUUGCAUAUGGCAUCGAAAAGACCCCUGAUGCUUUGAUCGCCGUGUUGCGUGGUGAGAACUUUGGCAAGCAAGUUGUCAAGAUUGCUGAUCCCUAA